UACGGCCUGCCGGUGUCGAGGCUCACUUUGACACCGGGACGGCAGAUCCAAGAGAACAUAUUCCUCUGGGGUGAACGUUCAAUUUUUUAACUAAUAUUAUCGCUCGCUAUUGCAAGGUCAAUUACCAUGUAAAUGCAUCCCUCAUUGCAGCCAUGUUGGAGAGUAGGUAAAAGCCGUUGGUAAAGGAAUUCCUUCAUUCCAGGAGCACAAUGCUACCAAAUUCAACAAGUGAGUUGCUUGCGAUUGUAGCGUGUCGAAGACAAAAGCGUGAAAAGCGAUAACGUUGGCCGCCAUUACUGCAAUACUGCGCUGCAUAGUUCGUGAACUUUGGUGACGUGCGUUUCGUGGUUGUGAACCGUGGCGUCCUGAAUCCGGAGAGACUGCGAGCGAUAUUCUUCAUAGGUCUGCUUCAAAGGGUCACGAUGGAGGACGGAGGCAAGCUGUCGCCGGUGCUGGAGGGACUCAAGAUGCCCAGCCCGCUCAUCACCCGGCGCACGCGCACGCAGUCCACGUCGGAGCGUGGCAUGCGCAACCCGGACCAGAGUGGCACCAUCCUCAGCUUCUGCCGCACCAAGGGGCACGGCUUCAUCAAACCCGACAAGCCGGAGGGCAACAAGGAGCACAUCUUCUGCCACGUCUCAGAUGUUGAGGGCGAGUACAUCCCUCUGAAGGACGACCGGGUAACGUUCCGACUGUGUCCGAUCCCGCCCAAGAUGGACCGUUACCAGGCCAUCCACGUGCGCAUCGUCAACUUCAGCCACGCCAAGCACCACAAGUGGAACGAGCCGCCCAGCGCCGAGGAGAAGCAGGAGCAGCUGGAUGACGCCACGUUUGUGAACUGAACCGAUCGCCGCGAGACCAGCGCCGCGCCGGGAGCACAACGCCAUACGCAGAAUGUGCCGCCUCUCUGCCGAAGGCGACGGAUCAACUCUAGCUCCUGUCUCGACUUUAUCCAGCCGGCGCCCUGGGCACGUCCAGCCUAGCAGCUGGGGACGUGCCGACCGCCCGGCUGGCUGGGGACGACGCGGCGGCUCGAGAUCGCUCGAGAAGCUUCGAGAAACACUGAGAGACGGUGGCGAAACUCAUCGAAGCAACAUGUGAGGAUGCGGUGGACAUCUGCGUCGGCGCGUUGACGAGGGUCUGGGACUCGGAAACUGCUCGCGCGAGGACGGACUCCUCUCGCAGGAGUCUGAGGACUCGUGAGGACGGUGAUGGUGAAGAGUGAGGACUGUCUAGACGCCCGGUCAAGAGAACCGCCGCAGGCAGUGCGCUUUGCGUCAUCUCCGUCGUGAGUUCGCUGGAAACCGCUUCUCGUCUCGCUCUAUUUUCAAACACGCUUGUACCGGUCGGCGUGGCUUGUUUCGACCUCUGUCUCGAAUUGAUUGGAGCUCGCUUUCUGUCUCUCGCGCCAGCGUGUCCCUUCUAGCGUGUAUCGGGUGGGGUCUCAAGUGAGAGCGUGUGUGAGCGCGUGGAUGUGAGCUGGUGAGCGUGUGAGCACGGUGAGCGUCCGCUGAGUUCUCUCGCCGAAGGUUAAUUCCUGCCCCGCCUUGAACGGAGGGCUCUCUCGACCGCCGCGAGACUCGUAAGGGCGAGAUUGCGCUCUGCUGGCGCGGGGUCUCGCCUCUAUCGACGACGGCUGUUUCGGGAUCGUUGUUGAACGCGGAAAGCUCGCGCUGUUGUCGCACAUGUAACGGCGCCGGCGAGAAUUUCUGGGGUGGUUCACCUGAUGGAAUUAACGCUAACCCGUGUCAGCUUCGGCGUCUGUGCGGCAGAGGGCAGUGCGAUCGCCUGCUCCGUGACUCCCGGGCUGGGCCAGCCGACGAGUUGGAGCGAGCCACCCGUGUCGUCAACAAUACAUGCGGUAGGGUAGAG